AUGGCGGAUUUGCUUGGAGGGGGUGCUAUAGGUGUAGCUUUUGAUCUUCUAAUGCAAGCUAUAUUAGAUGUAACAAUUGAAGUAGCGACUUUCAAUUCUGAACUCGAACACUUGAAAUUGACUCUGAUUUUGAUCAAACCAUUUGUCGAGGAUAUAGAGAAGCUAAACAAAGUGCUGAACUUCCGACAACAGGGAGCAGAGGAGCUCGCUAAUCGGUUCAGAAAAGGCGAAAAUCUCGUCCGCAAGUGCAUGGAAAUCAAAUGGUGGAAUGCGAUCAAGAAGUAUUCGUAUGCGAAGAAAUUGGAAAAAUAUGAAGCCUCGUUGCUGUGGUUUUUCCAGAUAAAUGUGCAGGCUGAGUUGUCCAGAGAUGGCAAAAUUGUUGCUGUGGGAGUAAAAGUUCUUGAGGAGAAAAUGGAUAAAAUAAUUUCUAUCCAAGAUAAUGGUCGUAGUGUUAACUCAAAUGGGUUUUCAGGUUGGUGUGGUGUUCCGGGCGUUCCAGAUUUUGUGGUUGGAUUAGACGCGCAGCUUCAGGAACUGAAGGGGAUGCUGCUAAAGGAUGGAGUGCCAAUUGUUGUACUUUCGGCUCCUGGUGGCUGCGGCAAGACUACACUGGCGAAAUUACUCUGUAAUGAUGAUGAAAUUAAAGGUAUAUAUGGGAAUAAUAUCUUCUUUCAGACAGUCUCAAGAGCACCUAAUCUCCAACUAAUGGUUCAAAAAGUGUUUCAGAGUAACAAAAACCAGCAGGUGCCUAUCUUUCAAAGUGACGAAGAUGCAAUGUACCAACUAGAACAAUUUUUCCUGCGGCAAGUAGGACUAGCUCCCAUACUAUUAGUCCUGGACGAUAUGUGGUCAGGAUCCGAGUCACUCAUUGAUCAAUUCCUUCUUCCAAAACGUGGAUAUAAAAUUUUGGUUACAUCGAGAUUUGUUUUUCCACAAUUUGAAUGGACUUGUAAAUUGAAUAUGUUGAAUCAUCAAGAUGCAAUGACUCUAUUUCAUCAUUAUGCCUUCAAAGAUGGGAUCUGCACUGUGCAAAAACAUCUUGUAGAAAAGGUGGUCAGAGGUUGCUCAGGAUCUCCAUUGGCCCUUACAGUUGUAGGCAGGUCACUCUAUAGGCAGCCUGAGGUGAAGUGGAUAAGUACAGUUCAAAAUUGGUCCCAAGGGCAAUCCAUUUACGAUACCAACAUGGUUUUGCUUAGUCGUCUCAAAACCAGCUUAGAUGCCUUGGAUGGAAUGGCAGUCCUCAAGAAUUGUUUCUUGGAUCUAGGUUUAUUUCCUGAAGAUCAAAGGAUCCCUGCUGCAGCUCUUACGGAUAUGUGGGUGGAACUGUACAACCUAGAUGAAUGUGGCAUGUAUACCCUUAUCUAUCUCCUUGAACUCUCAAACAGAAAUCUGGUUAAUCUUACUCUUGUCAGAAAAGAUGAUCAGGAUGCCAUUGACUACUGCAAAGACCAUUUUGUAAUGCAACAUGAUCUUCUGAGGGAGUUGGCUAUCCACCAAAGUAGACAAGGUUCCAUAGAAGGGAGAGAGCGACUCAUUGUGGAAAUAAAUAGGAAUGCCUUCCCUGAGUGGCUAACUGAUCAGAAGCAGCAACCCAUCAAUGCCCGCAUUCUGUCUAUCACUACAGAUAAUGCAUUCUGCUCAAACUGGUCUAACGUGCAAAUACCUGAUGUUAAGGUUCUAAUACUGAACUUUCAAAUCAAAUUCUACACCUUACCCGAAUUCAUGGAGAGAAUGAGCCGCCUGACAGUUCUAUUAGUGACGAAUUAUGGUUUUACCCGAGCAUACUUAGAAAACUUUCCACUGCCUAGUCAGUUAAACAAUCUAAAGAGACUUCGGUUGGAGAAUAUUUCCAUCCCAUCUAUUGCCACUUCCAUACUGCAGCUAAAAAAUUUGCAGAAAAUAUCCAUGAUCAUGUGUGAGAUUGGGAAGGCAUUCGAAGAAUGCACAAUUUCAAUCUCCAAUACAUGGCCAAAUCUCAACGAGAUAAAUAUCGAGUAUUGUGACAACUUAGUUGAAAUACCAGCAUGGGUUUGUGGCCUUAUCCAUCUUAAGAAGAUCAACUUGAGAUACUGUCAAGAGUUGGUUACUCUUCCUCCAGAACUGGGAAAUCUGACAAAUUUAGAAGUGCUGAGGCUUCAGUCUUGUACACAACUUUUAGAGUUGCCGGAAUCAAUUUCUGGACUCCGGGAAUUGAAGUUCCUUGAUAUCUCUGACUGUGUGGAAAUGGACCACUUGCCUGAGCAGCUAGGUGAUUUAUGUGGGCUGCGAACAAUACACAUGAUGGGUUGCACAGCUUUAUCUGAGCUGCCGCCUUCUGUAAUGGAUCUUGUGCAGUUAGAACGUGUGAUAUGUGACGAUGAAAUAGCUUGUUUAUGGCAAUUUUACAGGGAUAAUCUGGAUAAGUUGGAGAUUGUUGUGGUAAAAGAAGACGUAAACCUUAACUGGCUUCACAAGAGACCUGCUUGA